UCCAGUUCCACCUUAAUAACCCAGAUCUCGGCCAUUUUCACCCUCAAGAUCCAGGCUCCUGGCUUCUUCCUGGCGAUCGCCGAUGAACCGAUCCCGAGCUUUGCUUCUUCUUCGUCGUCGUCUUCCGCUUCCUUACCGUUCCUCGUCUUCUCGCCGAAUCUAAUCACCUCUGCUCUCGAAUUGGGUGGGAAUGGCUUCCCCGGAAGCCGAUUCCCGCCUCUCCGUCCUUCUCGUCCCCGCCCUCGAGAAGGUUGCGAAGAACGCCUCGUGGCGGAAUGGCCAUUCCAAGCUCGCCCAACAGUGCAAAGCGCUCAUUGAGCGUCUCUCCCACCCGCCAACCCCGCCCUUGCCUGCAUUUCCCAACUCCUCCUCCUCCCUCCCUGGCCCUCUUUCUGAUGGCGGUGCCACCGUUUACUCUCUCGCGGAUUCCGAAACCUUCCUCACUCCGCUCAUUUCUGCCUGCUCCUCCGGUGCCCCCCGUGUUGCGGAGCCCGCCCUCAACUGCAUCCACAAGCUUGUGGCCUACUCGUACCUGCAUGGCGAGGCCGACCCCUCCGCUGGUCCCCACGCCCGCCUCCUCGCUCAGCUCAUCGAGGCCGUCUGCGGCUGCUAUGCCCUUGGAGCCACUGAGGAGGCCAUUGAGCUGCUCGUGCUAAAGACGCUCCUUUCUGCCGUCACCUCCACCGACCUGCGCAUUCAUGGCGACUCCCUCCUCCAGAUCGUCCGCACUUGCUACGAUCUGUACCUUGGCAGCAGGAACCCCGUCAACCAAUCUACCGCCAAGGCCUCCCUCAUCCAGAUGCUUGUCAUCGUCUUCCGCAGGAUGGAGGGUGACUCCACUGUCCCCAUUCAACCCAUCGUUGUCGCUGAGAUGAUGGAACCCGGGGGCCGCUCCCGCACUACCACGUCCGUGGAUGCCAAUUUUGUCCAAGGGUUUAUUACCAGGAUCAUCAACGACAUUGAUGGAGUGCUCAACCCUUCGGCCCCGCUGUCCAGGAAUAUAUCUGCCAACAAACACGACGGGGCGUUCUCGUCCACCGUGGUCGAGAGCACCAACCCUACUGACCUUCUGGAUUCGACAGACAAGGACAUGCUGGACGCCAAGUAUUGGGAGAUCAACAUGUACAAGACGGCGCUGGAAGGCAUGAAGGAUGAGUUGGGGUCUGAGGGGAUGCCAGGCAAGGAAGAGGAUACCGAGGUCCAGAUUAGGAAUAAGCUGAAGAGAGAUGCCUUCUUGGUUUUUCGAUCUCUCUGUAAAAUCUCCAUGAAAAUUCCUCCCAAGGAAUCGGUGGGUGAUCCCACACUGAUGAAAGGGAAAAUCAUGGCAUUGGAAUUGCUCAAGAUCUUGCUAGAGAAUGCUGGAGCAAUGUUCCGCACUAGUGAGAGGUUUUUAGGUGCCAUUAAGCAGUAUCUAUGCCUAUCUCUCUUGAAGAACAGUGCUUCAGCUGAUUUAAUCGUUUUUCAGCUAUCAUGUUCCAUUUUUAUUAGCCUUGUUUCUAGAUUCAGAGCAGGAUUGAAGGCAGAGAUAGGAGUUUUCUUUCCAAUGAUCAUACUGAGGGUUCUGGAAAAUGUUUGUCAACCAAAUUUCCAGCGGAAGACGAUCGUGCUUUGUUUCAUGGAAAAGCUGUGUGUAGACCCUCAAGUUUUUGUAGACAUAUUCAUUAAUUAUGACUUUGAUGUCCACUCAUCAAAUAUUUUUGAGCGGAUUGUAAAGGGUCUACUAAAAACUGCUCAAGGGCCUCCCCCAGGAACUCCUACAACAUUGGUGCCUCCACAAAACGUCAUAAUGAAAUUUGAAGCUAUGAAAUGUUUAGUGGCUAUUUUGAGAUCAAUGGGAGAUUGGAUGAACAAACAGUUGAGAAUUCCUGAUCUUUAUUCUCAAAAAACGGAAACAGUUAAUCCUAGUCCUCAGAAACUAGAUGCAGCAGAUCCUCGAUCUAAAAAGACUGAAACAGCAGAGCACAAUGGUGGCGGAGUUGAACUUCCACUGACUAUAGGGAACAGUGAUGAGUCUGCUGAAUUAAGUAAUUCUCAUUCAGCAUCAGAAGUUGCAUCCAUUGAGCAGCAUAGAGCAUUUAAACUGGAACUUCAGGAAGGUAUUUCACUAUUUAAUCAUAAACCUAAAAUGGGGAUUGAAUUUCUCAUCAACAUAAAGAAGGUGGGAAAUUCACCUGAAGAAAUAGCUGUUUUCCUCAAAAGUGCACCUGGUUUGAACAAGACCUUGAUUGGUGAUUAUUUGGGCGAGAGAGAGUCUUUGAAAGUAAUGCAUGCUUAUGUAGAUUCAUUCGAAUUCCAAGGAAUGGAGUUUGAUGAAGCAAUCAGGUGCUUUCUAGAAGGUUUUAGCUUGCCUGGUGAGGCACAAAAGAUUGAUUGCAUCAUGGAAAAAUUUGCUGAGCGCUACCAUAAAUGCAAUCCUCUGGCUUUUACAAGUGCAGAUACAGCUUAUGCCCUAGCUUAUUCUGUAAUAAUGCUUAAUACUGAUUCCCAUGACCCAAUGGUGAAAAAUAAGAUGUCAUCAGAUGACUUCAUUAGAAAUAACCGUGGUAUAAAUGGCGGAACGGAUCUGCCUCAAGAGUACUUGAGAUCCCUAUUUAAAAGCAUUUCUGAGAAUGAAAUCAGGAUGAAAGAUGAUGACGACUUGGCUCCUCAGCAAGUACAAUCCUUUAAUUCAAAUAGAAUUUUAGGUUUGGACAGCAUUUUGAACUUUGUAAUACGAAAGAGAGACUCAUCAACAGAUAGUAGUGAUGAUAUGAUCAAGCAGAUGCAAGAACAGCUUAAAGAAAAAGCUCCCAAAACUGAAUCCAUAUAUCACUCCACAACAGAUGUGGUAAUUUUGAGGUUUAUGAUUGAGGUGUGCUGGGCGCCAAUGCUAGCUGCAUUUAGUGUACCGCUUGACCAGAGUGAUGACCAAAAUGUCAUAACAUUAUGCCUCGAAGGAUUCCGGAGUGCAGUUCAUGUCACAGCAGUGAUGGCUAUGAAGACUCAAAGAGAUGCUUUUGUUACUUCACUUGCAAAGUUCACAUCCCUUCAUUCUGCAGCAGAUAUCAAGCAAAAAAAUGUUGAUGCUAUUAAGGCAAUUUUAUACAUUGCGGAUGAAGAUGGUAACUACCUUCAAGAAGCUUGGGAACACAUUUUGACAUGUGUUUCACGAUUAGAACGUUUGCAGCUUUUUGGAAAGGGAGUUCUGCCUGAUGCUGCAUUUUUCAGUAAACAUCCAACUGAAAUUGAUAAUGCCAAACAAGCCAAUUCAUCUACCCUUCCUGUACUAAAAAACAAGGGAUCUCUAUCUGCAGCUAUGACAAGAGGCACCUAUGACAGUGCUGGAGUUGGUGGGCAUGCUUCUGGUGUUAUUACAUCUGAACAAAUGAAUAACUUAUUCUCCAACUUAAAUUUGUUGGAACAAGUUAGGAUUGCUGAAGUAAAUCACAUAUUUAUCCAAAGUGAAAUGCUAGAUAGUGAGGCAAUAAUUGAUUUUGUUAAAGUGCUUUGUACAGUCUCAAUGGAAGAACUACACUCUACAUCUGAUCCACGCGUUUACAGUCUGACAAAAAUAGUUGAGAUUGCACACUAUAAUAUGAAUCGUAUCAGGCUUGUUUGGUCAAGCAUUUGGAAUGUGUUAUCAGAAUUUUUUGUUACCAUUGGCUGCUCUGAAAACGUUUCAGUUUCAAUUUUCGCAAUGGAUUCCUUAUGCCAGAUAGCUAUGAAGUUCUUGGAGCGAAAAGAAUUGGCUAACUAUAACUUUCAAAAUGAAUUCAUGAAACCAUUUGUUAUUGUUAUGAGGAAAAGCAGGGCUGUUGAAAUAAGAGAACUGAUCAUCAGAUGUGUCUCUCAAACGGUGUUAGUUUGUGUUGGUAAUGUCAAGUCUGGAUGGAAAAGUAUGUUCAUGGUCCUUGCUACUGCAUCAUAUGAUGAUCACAAAAAUAUAGUACUUCUGGCCUUUGAAAUCAUCGAGAAGAUUUUACGGGAUUAUUUCCCUUAUGUAACUGAAACAGAAACCACUGCCUUUGCAGAUUGUGUUAAUUGUCUAAUUGCAUUUACUAAUAGUCGAUUCAACAAAGAUAUUAGCCUCAAUGCAAUUACUUUGCUGCAGUUUUGUGCUUCUAAGCUUGCAGAAGGAAACUUUGUUGCUUCUGCUAAAUCUAUAGGCAAUGGGGGUUCUGUAAGUUGUCCACCUUCACCGCAUGUCAUAAACAAUGAAAAACAAAAUGCACCGUUGACCAUUGACAAGGAUGACCGCCUUCACUUGUGGUUUCCACUCUUAGCAGGUUUAUUGGAACUUGCUUUUGACCUAAGGGCCGACAUCAGACAAAGUGCCUUGCAGAUGUUAUUUGAUACACUAAAAAACUAUGGUCACCUUUUCUCAUUGCGCUUAUGGGAGAAAGUAUUUGACUCAGUGCUAUUCCCUAUAUUUGAUUCUGUAAGGCAUGCGAUUGAUCCAUCUAGUGAAACUUUUCGUGGUCAGGGUAUAGAAAAUGAUACUUUGGAGUUAGAUCAAGAUGCGUGGCUUUAUGAAACAUGCAAGCUGGCUCUCCAGCUAGUUGUGGACCUGUUUGUGAAAUUCUAUGACACAGUAAAUCCACUUUUGGAAAAGGUCUUGACAUUGUUGACUAAUUACAUCAAGCUUCCUCAUCAGAGACUUGCUGGCAUUGGCAUUACUGCAUUUGUUCAUUUAAUGAACAAUGCAGGGUCCCUAUUUUUUGAGACUAACUGGGAAAUUGUGGUUGCUGCUUUGAAAGAAACUUCAACUGCAACACUCCCUGAUUUUUCAUAUAUAUCAUCAGGAGGUUACCUUGAUAAUGCUGCAUUAGAAAAUGGAAAAUCUCCUCUGAGGCAAGGUAAUGGCGAAACAAGAGGAUCAACAGAUGAAGAUUUUGAAGGAUUGAGGGCGAGAAAGAUGUAUUUUGCAGUUGGUGAUGCCAAGUGUCAUGCUGUUGUUCAACUUCUCUUAAUCCAGUCCGUGAUGGAGAUAUAUAACAUGUAUAGAGCACAGAUAUCAGCAAAGAAUACACUUGGACUUUUUGAAGCAUUGCAUACUGUGGCGUGUCACGCACACAAGGUCAAUAGUGACACUGACCUUAGAUCAAAGCUACAGGAGCUCGGUUCUAAGACCCAGAUGCACAAUCCUCCAGUACUACGUCUUGAGAAUGAGUCAUAUCAGUUAUGCCUCAUUCUUCUUCAGAACAUUGCAACAGACAGAUCACUUCAUCGUGACUUGGUAGUUGAACCAUACCUUGUUGAUCUCUGCAGAGAGGUCCUGGAGGUGUAUCUCAGAACAGCAAAUGCAAAGCGUUACGAAGCUUCAGCUGGUUCCAAAUCAGGAAUUGACCAGGUCAUCCCUGGUGGCUCUGCAAAACGAAGAGAACUUGCAGCUCGGGCACCUGUUGUUGUGUCCACACUGCAAGCUAUAUGCGGAUUAGAAGAUACCUCACUCGAAAAAAAUCUUGCUCAGUUCUUCCCUCUUCUUGCUGGUCUCAUCCGCUGUGAGCAUGGGUCAAGUGAGGUGCAGUUGGCAUUGAGUAGUAUGCUCAGUUCAUCUGUAGGCCGUAUCUUGCUUCGGGGAUGUUGAACACUUUAUCAACCAACAGAGUAGCGUAUUUUGUUUUCCCACCCAUCAAUUUUUUCCUCAUUUUUUUAUUCUACUUUUGGGUAGUCACCGUUGGAAGUAAUGUAGUUUCCCUUGACGUCCCAAAUCAGUUUUUUGCCUCAAGCAUUAGCUUGCCCUUCUUUCAUGGCAUUGCUGCAUCUGUUGGUGCAAAUGACUUUGCCAUGAGAUUUUGACAUUUCAAUUUUAGUCGUUGCUCGAUGAAAUUGCUGUCUAUUGUUUGACAUGGAAAAGUUGGAAGACGAGUAACUGGUUUUGAAUGAUUUUGGUUGCUUGAUUCAUCGCAGAGUGGAAGCUUCUUUAGCCAUAGCUGCAGCGAUGGAAUGUUUACAUGAAGGAAAUAACAGGAAUGUUGUGUUUACUUGGAUGAGUAAUAGAAAAAUGUAACUGUUUAAAUAAAGUGAUUUUUUUUUAUAUUUACUGUACUUUAUUUAUAUAUUUAAUUAAAAGAAAAUGAAAACAUGAGUGAUUUUUUUUUUCA